AUGGUUUCAUAUCUCUUAGUGGCACCACACCAUACCCUUGAGGCUUCGUUUCAAAUCUCGGAAUCCUACCCCAUCGCCAACGACCCGUUUUGUAUGGUUGCGGCCGAGGUCAACCUCUUUUCUGGCCGCCCACGCAAGCCACCACCGCUUCACUACUAUUCAGAGGUCCAAACCACCUCGGGUGCCAUGCAGCUACCACAUGAUCACCAAUACGAACAGUACAUAUCCGCUGCCUCUAACGCGGCUUCCUUGCACGACACAAUUCCCACACAGCAGACUAUGAUGCGACAUCGUGCCUCGUCCGGGGCAUGGUCAAAGGAAGACGACGAUACCUUGAUGAGCGCACGCGCAUCUGGUCUCAACUGGAGCCAGAUCCAGAUGAAGUACUUCAGCGGCAAGUCCCCCAACGCUUGCCGCAAGCGCCACGAGCGCCUGAUCGAGCAGAAGACGGCAGACAACUGGAACAACUGCCCAGAUGGGCGAAAAUGCAUGUCGCACGGCCUGAAGAACCUGCAAAGCGCUUCCAGGUCUGGCACGAGGCGGCAACGUCUCGAGACCGGCCAAAUUCAAGGGUACGAUGAUGAUAGUGGUAUCAGUGGCAUCGGCCUAACACCAGUUGACGGCCUAGACGCAUCGUACAGCAGCCCCGAGACAACGGCGUCCGGCCCGCACUCUAGCAGCGGCGUCAGCACCGCCUCCGGCUACCAGAUGAGCGCUCAUCCACAGCUCCACGCCCUCAGCCACGGCCACCCUGCUAGCCACUACGGCUACUCCCACUCCACGGGGCCGCACCACGGCUACACCUCUUCUGUUUCGUCCACGGGCACUUCGGCGGGGGCCUAUGCCAGCAGCGGACCCCAAUCGCACGCAUCGAGCGAGUCCUCAUUCAUGAGCCAUGAGCACCACAUGGGAGCGCGGCUCUCGAGCGCCGACAUGGGUAUCGAGGCCAUCAUCAACAGGAAUCCGGGCCACGGGCCAUUCCUGAGCGGCUCUAACUUCGACGGAGCCUUGGCCUAG